CCUUGUGGACACACUAUUUUCCUAACAAAACUAUAACAAUAAUAAUUCCACAAACACAAAACAGAUGGGGGUUUUGUAAAAGAAAAUUAAAAACAUCAAUAAUAUAAUAGUACUAGUACUAUAGAAAUACUAAAGUUUUAAAAAAUGCCUAGUGAAUUCGAUCUUCCCGAGGAAGUGUUGGAAGUACUGCCGUCAGAUCCAUUCGAACAACUCGAUGUAGCGCGUAAGAUCACGUCCAUUGCUCUCUCCACGCGCAUCUCCGCCUUGGAAUCUGAAGCCGACGCGCUCCGCCGCCAGCUGUCGGAGAGGGAUGACAUCAUCAACGACCUUAACUCACAACUCGACUCCCUCGACUCCUCACUCUCCGACGCCUCCGAUAGACUUACACGCGCCGAGCAAGACAAGGUCCGACCCGACCCGUUUUGCAUUCUUUCUUCUUUGACCAGGGGGCUUAAUCGUGACCUUACUAAGUUGGAAGCCUUCAGAAAGACACUUAUGAGAUCGCUUAAUGAGGAAGAAGACAACCCGGCUGGAGCUCCAGAUUUUGCUAAAAAUGGACAACACCAAUCAGACGAAGAUUCUUCCUUGCCACCUGCAAAACCUCCGCAUCGGAGCCAGUCAAGAGAGAGUGGAUAUUCACAUUCAGAGGAUACCGAGUCAGAAACUUCUAGGCCUCGCAUAUCAGCAGGCCUGUUGUUAGCAUCACAGACUAGCACCCCCCGUCUUACUCCUCCUGGUUCCCCUCCAAGUCUUUCAGCAUCUGUGUCUCCUUCAAGGUCGCCAAGACCACUAUCUCCAAGGAGACAUUCUGUUUCAUUCUCAACAGCAAGAGGCAUGUAUGAUGACAGAUCUUCAGUAUUUUCUACAUCCUCUGGUCAGCAUGGCUCGAUGUCAGGCCUUGAAACUGGAUCACAAACUGCACGAACUCGAGUGGAUGGGAAAGAGUUCUUCCGCCAAGUCAGGAGUCGGCUAUCGUAUGAGCAGUUUGGUGGUUUUCUAGCAAAUGUCAAGGAAUUAAACGCGCACAAGCAGACAAAAGAGGAAACUUUGCGGAAAGCAGCUGAAAUUUUUGGUGAAGAAAACAAGGACCUUUAUACCAUCUUUGAAGGGUUGAUAAGUCGUAAUGCCCAAUAAAAUGUCCAAAGCUUGAACGUAAUCAUCCUACAAUUGGAACAUGUUACAUGUAUUUUUACUGUAAAGUGACUGAAUAAACUAAAUGUACCAAAAGUUUGUAAUUAUUGUUUCUCUACAUUGGGGCUUCUUCUUUUGUAACCCCGACGUAUUGUAUUUUAUAGCUUCACCAGCAAAAAAGGAAUUCCAUGUACAUUUUAUUCAAUUCAAAUAUUUUGAGUUUUGAAAAUAUGAGUAGUGGUCAAUUGUGACCUUUGUG